CUUCACAGGAGCAGUAGUAGUAGGUUAGGUAGGCGAGGUAGGCAACGUACCUAUCGCUCAUCACAAUAUCACAACUUCAGGCUGCAUGCGUUUGCAUCUUGCAUUUGCGUGACCAUGUCGUCUUCUCCAAUCAACACAACUUUGCAGCAUCACAAACCAUUGAGAUCGGUCCCGUCCUUUUUACCUACCUACUUCGUAUGUACUACGUAUUGUAGGUGCUGAGGAGGUCAUCCGCCAUACCUGGCAAGGUAGCACCGUGACACCAACACAUGCAGAGCCUUUCUCUUCUCAUGUCCUGCUUCAUCCAUCAAAUGGCUCAGUGGAACAUGGAACAAUCAGAUAACCAUAUUUUCAAGAAUCUGACCAGAGAGACAAGGGAAGAUGUUGUGCGAUUCCACUUCAGCGGUACCUGUAGCCUGUAGGUACAUACACAGUACAUACCUAAGGUAGCUUGAUGAGGUCUGAGGAGGUACACAAAACUUCGCAGCACAUUGGGUGAUACAGGAAGUAUAGCGGGGUAGCCUGCUCCAUAGCAGAUCCAUAGCUACCUACCUAACUUAGGUAUCUACAGGUAUCUACUGUACAUACCUAUGUACCUAUCUCUAUUUGCCUGUCUCCGCACCCGACUUGCCCACUUCAGCCUUGGAUGCUCGGAAACCCCAGCCUCGGGACUGUCACUGAUAGCGGCCCUUAUCCCAGCCAACGUCAUCGCCAAACCAUCGCCGAACCCCACGAAGCUCAACAAACUCAACCUAUUGAUACAUUGCUGUACUGCAACCACUGGCAACUCGACGCCAACACCAAUCCAUCGCUCAUCCGUCGUAGCCACAACCUGUCCUCCAACAUGGAGAGCCUCAAAGCUCUCUUCGUCAAACCAGAUCCCAAUGCUCAGAUGCGCAAAUGCAACCAACUCAUCCGCUCCAACCUCCGCAAACUCGACCGCGACAUCGCCGCCGUCAAACAAGUCGAGAUAAAGACGAAGAACCUCAUCGUCGCCGCGGACAAGCGCGGCGCCCGCGACGCGACGCGACGAGCCCAGGCCCAGCGCGAAGCCCGCGACUUCGCGCGCGAGCUGAUCCGCGCGCGGCGGACCUCGGCGCGGCUCGUCACCUCGAAGGCGCAGCUCAGCAGCGUGCAGAUGCAGGUGAACGAGGCGUUCGCGGUGCGCAAGAUCGAAGGCAGCAUCAAGGCGUCGGUGGGGAUCAUGAAGGACGUGAACACGCUCAUCCGGCUGCCCGAGCUGGCGGGGACGAUGCGCGAGCUCAGCCUCGAGCUGCUGAAGGCGGGCGUCAUCGAGGAGAUGGUCGGGGAGAACCUCCCCGUCGACGAGGACGCCAUGUUCGAGGACGAGGAGAUGGAGGCCGACGGCGAGGUCGACAAGGUCCUCGGGGAGAUCCUCAAGGGCAAGAUGGAGAAGGCGGGCCCGAUGCCUGCUGCUGCGCCCGUCGCGAGCGAGCCCCUGCCUGUCGAGAUGGAGGACGAGGAGGACGAUCAGGAGGCUAUGAUGGACCAGAUGAGGAAUAGGCUCGAGGCGUUGAGGAGUUGAAUUACUCUAUUCAUCGUCCUUCCCUCGUUCCUGAGAAUUCCCUCUUGCUUUUGUUGCUUCUCCAGCUUCUACAUACAAAUCUGGUUCAUUCUUCAUCUCAUAUUCGUUUUGCCCCUCAAUAACGAAAACCGGCGUUUUGGGAGCGGGAGCCAAAUUGGGUUUGGUUUGAUUUGGUCGGGGUUUUGUCAUUGGAAUUCUUAUCAUGCUUUUUCAUCAUCGUUUGGCUUGAGAGCUUGAGAACAUAGAAUUUCCUGGCUUGGAUUUGCAUAUAUACAGGAA